AUGUCGGUGUAGGUGUUUGCCCCGGCCCGCUUCCUAGGGCGCGUAAUGCAUGCAGUAAACAACACUGCAAGAUCACCAGCUGACCUUGGAUUCGCAUAUGUAGGCCACCGUCAACUCGCUUGAUUUCCCCUGAUGUUAUAACAACUUAAAUAUCACUUUAUACUGCUUUUUAGUUUCCAUUCAUUCGUGUUGAGAAUGGACCACUUUCUGAAGAACUUAGGAGGAGUGACACUGAAAUCGUUGUUGGAGAAUCCGAGUUUGUUGCAAACCGCAACAUUUCAACCGAGUCAGGACCUGAAUAUUGAAGAUGAGAAAGCUGACUCUGAUGCCAUGGCGGCAGGGAACAAAGAACAAGAAGAAAUAGACUUGGAGAAGAAACUGAAGGAUGUAGAGAGCGAUUACUUUGCUCCAGCCGACUUUGGAGCAGCUUUCCUGGGUCCUAAUAACCUCUGGGACAAGACUUAUGGAGAUGAUGACUUUAAGCUGGAGUACAUGGAACUGGAUGAGUUCCUGUCUGAAAAUGGCCUGCCUGUCAACACCGCUGAGCAGAUCUUGAACAAGGACCAGAGUGAUGUCACUGAGACACCUGUUCCAGAAAACAACCAAGAAGCAGCAGCUCAGGUCUUGACUCCACCAGAUAAACCAGUCACUCCGUCAAGCCCAACAACUUCAGAUCGCACAGCUAGCCCCGUUGAUGUGAACAUCAACUUUGAUCUGUCGCCGACUGACAUAGCCCUAGCAUCUGUUCCAGGCCAAGAGGAAUAUGAUCCUCGCACCAGAUGCUUCUCAGAGGAAGAGUUGAAACCACAACCUAUGAUUAAGAAGUCGCGUAAGGUCUAUGUUCCGCAUGAGGCUAAAGAUGAUAAAUACUGGGACAGGAGACGAAAGAACAACAUUGCCGCCAAGCGAUCCCGAGAUGCCCGCCGAAUUAAAGAGAAUCAGAUCAGCAUGCGGGCUGCGUUUCUUGAGAAGGAAAACAGCGCGCUCAGGACAGAGCUGAUGGCUCUGAAGAAGGAAAACAGCAACUUGAAGUCCGUGGUUAAGUCAUAUGAACGGAAGCUAGGAAUUCAGUGAUUGAGUCUGGAGUGGUUCUGAGGUAUAGGGUCAAAAUGUGUGUGUUAUAGGAAACCAAACUGUAUGUGUCCAUUAUCCUCCCAUGAAGUGCUUAUAUGAUAAACCAGUGAAGGGAAUGUCUAGGUUUGGGGCUUACACCUGUUCAAACAUUCUAUCAGUUGUACCAUGAAGUGACCUAUAUCGGCAGUUACCCAUGACCUGACCUUUAUAUGCGUUAUUCAAGUCGACACACAAUACAUCACUUCAUGUGUGUGUUGAUGUCAUUCACUUGGUGGUGUGACGUAUCAUUUGUUACAGUUUCCUCAGUUUUGUGGACGUUUUCAUUUAUAUAUUCUGCUCAUUAGCAAGAGGCAGUUUUGCUGGCCAUGCCGUACAGUUGCAAAGUUGUUAACUGUAAAGGUUAGCUACACCAGGCUUCUGUACAGAAGCAAAGAGAUGCAGAGACAGACGAUAGUUGUAAUGGAUGGUUAUUUGGUGAUCUGGUGUCUGGAACAAUCAAGAACAUUCCUGCUGUUGCCGGCUUUUUCCUCAGUGGCACAAAACGUUAUUAGUUUCAGUGUGGCGAUACUAAACAUUUCGAAUAUUUGUGUCAAUUUUAGAGAGAUUGAUUUAGAAGAAACUGCACCACAGUGGUAAGCACCUGUAAUUUGGUCAGUGACAUGUACAUUCAUUAUAUAUUUCUAACUGCAGUGAAAAAGUAAAUAUGUUGUAUGUGCUCACAUUGCCUUAAGAAAUUGUUUUUAGAAAUGUCUUUGCUGAUUACGUCUUUUUCAGUAUUAACAGGGAAUGAAGACAGGGUGUAAAGACAGAUGUAUCUAGGUCUUAAGCAUUUUGUAACUGGUUAGAAGUUUAAUCUUUCCUCAGUCCCCGCAUAUUUCCACAAAUUCCAACAAAUGUUUUUUAACAGUGUUGGCUUCAGCUGGCCUCAUCUGCUUCCCGUCAGAGUCCAUGAGAUUUCAGCUGGGCUUUUUUGCUGUAAACGUAACGUUUUGCCUCUUAGGGGUCGUUCACAAAUAUCAACAUUUUCACAAGCAAACAAACUGUACGCUGAGGGAAAGGGGUAAACACCCGUUGUAACUCUCAGAAUUUUGAAAAAUGACGAUGCGUUUCCCAUUUCCGGCACCCCUACUGUUAGUGCUGCAGCCGAACCACCAAACCGAACCCAAAAAUCAUCGAACAUGGCACUUUCAAACCGAACCGAACCAAACUGGUCACUUCGGAUGUUCGACUUUAAUAUGGUGUGGCACUGACAACGCACGUAAUGCAUGCAAGAGAACAUGAUAAAAAUGCAAACACAACGAAAACUGGAUAAUGAGUAAUGCUGCACUGGCGCAGUAAAGUGAUGAUGGCCCCGCGUCAUGCAGAUGGUUGUAAAAUGUGGAGUGAAUUCACUAAUAAUUAACAGAGAACUUGCAGCAUACGGCAUUUCCGCUACAUAACAAUUCUAAAUUCUCACUACAUCUAGUUGUGCUUAUGCAUAUUCAGAUUUAGUAUUAUGUUUGUUAUCUCCGAUAGCCACGCCCGUACGUUCCAUAUUAGACGAGUGAUGUCAUGAAUGGCCUUGCAAAAUGAAUUUUGAUUGGAUGCUGAUCAUAGUCGGACACAUGCUCUAUUAAAACAACUCUGGAGGGAAUCAUCUGAUUUUGCCAGCCGGCUGGUCCAGCAUUCCAUCCAGCACGUGACCAUGGUUUGUGCGGUGGCCUAACUUUCCAUUCGUUGAUCAUGUUUGAUCGAAGUCUUAGUGUGAAUACCUUGUAAUUGAAUUUUGCCAGAUCUCUUAAGCUGUUUGCAAAUCUCAAGUAACAAAAUGACGUUAUCAGUUUCAAAAGGACUGAUGGAAAAUUGCCCCGUGGAUGCUGUCCUUGGAAAGAAUGCUGACCUGAUAUCAAGGUUCUUCCCUCAAAUGCAUCGAAUGCCAUAGUUUGGUAGUUGAACUUGUUUCAUGAAAAAUAACUAAAACACCAUUCACUCUAAAUCUAAUUUGAUCUUGUGUCCUUUAAAGGAGGAAACUCCCAUUUGAACACGCUGUUUUUUUCGUUUUCACAUAUCCUAUGAUCAUUGUGUUGAGUCAAGCGCGGUCCAAACACAACCGCUUUUGAUUGGCAAAACACCAUCAGAAACUGUCCUGAAACACCUCCCAUGGUAACUUUCUAUGGAAUGUUAACUCCAAACGUUGGGGAAACAGUGAAGAAAAAAAAAUGUUCAAAUUGAAGUUGUUCAUUGACGGGGAUGGAGAGGAGAUUCAUUGCUUGUAUUAACGUAUUUUAUACACGGAAGUGCUAAGGCUUGUUCGUAUUUCUCGAUGUGCAUUGUAUAUGUACGUACGCGUGUGCCCGUGUCCAAACCCAAACUGAACCAAAGUUCGGCAAACAAUUUCCGAACCGUGUCUGAACCAGAACUUAACCUUGGCACCUACUUGCAGCACUAGGGGUCCGAUUUGGGUCUGCCGUAGGCCUUACGCUGCAUACGCCAGUGUUGCAUGCACUGCGUGCGAGGUCCAUGGAACACAAAGCGAAUUGCAUGUGUGUCACGUUGAGAUAAUGCAAAGCCAAAACCGGCUUCGUAAUAUGUCAGUGGUACUUACCUCUGUAUAAUUGUGCAGAAAAAAAUCAAUAUUUUUUUUAUACACUUUUGGGAAGGUCUAAAAAACAAACUCUUUAUACACUUGUGAAAAUGUUGAUAAUUGUGAACGGUCCUUUAAAGUGGUCUUAGUGUGAUUAAAAUUUCUGAAAACAAAACAAAAAAGAAAUUAUAAAAUGUCACUCAUUUCUGAUACAGCAUUUUAUUGGCAGUAUCAAUUCAGAGCUCAAAAGGGACAAGUAAUGAACUGUAGUAACCCCUUGCCCAUGAGAACAGGUGCAGAGAUGGUAAUGAGAUUAUUGUGAAUUGGAAGCUUACAUGGCAUAAAUUUGUGCUCAUCUUUAACCAAGAUGAAAAAGAGCCUAUUACUUUCUUUUUGUAAACUCCUUGGAGGAUAAUCUUGGUAUUUUGAGUUCCUAAAAUAUCCUUUGCCCAGUACCUGAUGUCGACAAUACUAACAAAUCACUGAAGAUGGGUACCUUCCUUGCUUUAAGGAAUAUGAUGUAGAAAUACAUGUACUUACAGCACAGCAGUCGUGGUACCAGAUGUAUCACUGUUACAAAACGCAGGGAAGCUCGUUAUUUAACUAUGGUUAUUAGCCACAAUCUACACACAGAACCCGAAUACACAAGAAUUUUCAGGUUGUAUUGAUGCAUAAUCAGGCCAAUUGAAUUCACUUCUUGGAAAUGCUAUGAAUAUUUUGUGUCAACAGGCAUACAGUUUUGUAUUUGUCUUGUGUUAUUCUCAGAGCCAGAGCUUACAGCUGAACGAGGAAGAAGUCCAUCUUUCUGCAUUAAUUUUACAUGUACCCGAACAGACUUUUGUCUUGAAAUUUCGAUAUACAACACUCUUCUUUGCAGAGUUUUAAAAAUGAAAGCUAAAUCCUAAUGUUAAUUCUUGAUUGUACUGUUUGUAUUUUAGCAGGCUGUGUGGAAUAAUACAUGUUAUUUUAAAAAGUACCCCAAAAAACAACUGGUCAUCUUGUCCAGUUGGCACACACAACCACUUGUAUUGCUUGAUCCUGCCUCAACUACACAUUAGAAAGACAGGUAUAAAUAAAUGAACAAAUUCUGUAAAUAGAUUCUACAUAUUGAUAUUCACUUGAUGUAAGUAAUAUUUGCGUAAUGAUCUUUUAGGGAAGAGGGUUAGUAAUGGGCUGAUGAUAAUAAUGCAAUAAAAACCUGUGGGAAUGGGGUGUUGAUGACUCUCUGAUCUGAACAAUUUAGUAGAACAAUCCCAAAUACUCCAAUUUUAAUAUGAUUUUACAUAAACCGUUGGGGGUUAGGGUUCAUAAGAAGUAUGUGUUGUGCAGUGUCUUAUAGUUGCAAAAAGCAGAAUUUUCCUUCAUGUACAUGUAUGUUACUUUAACAAUAGAAUUUUAAGGCAUGGUAUAAUGGCUUUUUAUGUAUCACAGUAUUCUAAAAUUCAUGUUCAAUAGUAAAAUAUAUUGAAUAUUGAUUACUCUUAUUCAGUAUACAUACACAUUGCUUCAUUUCUUUUAACCCUAAAAGAGGCCCUUUGGUGUUUUCUAAAUUAUUUCAUGCAGCAAGCCAUUAGGAGUGAUUAAGUUACAUGUUGCUGUCACCUUCACACCAACUAAAUGAAAACUGGACAUACCAAUCUCGUGCAGCGCCCAUUUUUCUGAGACAGGUCAGCCAAAAAUGUGUACAUGUGCUUCUUCCACUGACUGAUCAUUGCAUCUAGCCUUGACCUCUAAAUGACUAGAACAAAACUACUUGUUGUAUUUAGUUGAAUCUUCACCUUUAUACUCUGAUCAUGAUUUUUUUACAUGCAUGUGAAGUUUUACAAAAUCAAGCAUGGGACAGCCCAGUCCUUUGGGUCGGAAUCCCCCCCCCCCCGAGAUGGUCUGAAAAAAAAAAGAUUAAAGACAGCUCUAAGGUUUGAGAAAAUCUUGUUGCGGUUGAUGAUGUUUUUCUCUUGUUAAUAACGAUGAUUUCUGUUUCAAAACCUGGUCAUAUUUGGCUUCUCUGAGAAUUACGGUUAUUUAGACUGAUUUUAAAGCAAAAACUUAUUGUGUAAAACAAGUUUCAUGUAAAUGAUAAGAGGUAUGCACAUAAAUAUGAGAGGACGUAUGUGGAGUGUUUAUUUUUGUCAAAAUAAAUUGACGUCUUGAUGUGUGACCUGCAGUUUUAAUCCUGCAGUUUUAAUCCUCACUUUGUUACAGUCAGGCACUAGUUUUCACUAGAGUAAUGAUCACGUAAUAAAAGCCAGGAAGUAAACAUC